AUGACUUUGACGAAGAUAAAGGCAGAAGUUUGGUGUUAGAUCAGUUCGGUUCCAGUCUGUGUUCGCUGAGUUUUGAUAGCAAGACGCAAGCUUUAACUUUCAUGUUUCGUGGCGAGGAGAGCGACACGGAGUCGUCCGCGCGCGGAUCUGGAUUUCUUUCCACAUCAUUCCUGUUUCUGUGAUUCACUCUGUUAGUGUCAGGAUGGGUUAAAAACAACUGCUAGCACCUGCUCACCAUACACCUGGACCUUCCACAGUAUCACCUGUGCACAGGUGGUGAGUCUUGACACCAUGCAGGGACCUCGGAGGAAGGUGAAAGUCAUGGUGAUGAUGACAAUGGUGUUCAUCUUCAUCGUGGUGGAGGUCUCUCGCAAUGCUGGGAAGAGCGACGGAAAUAAAAAUAAGCAGCUCGUUCCCACAAAGCGUUUCUGGGCAAAAGAUCUCCCCAGUGACGCUUACUGGAAUCGCCGGCAGCAACAUCUGAACUAUAUCAACAAUCGCAACCUAGAAAAACUCAACUUCACAACUGAUAAACUUCCAGACUGGCUGAAUGACACAAUCAGUCUGGACUCCUGUGAGCCGGACUUCAGGGUGACCACCCAAGUAAAGGAUUACAACUCUCUACCAGAUCGCUUCAAGGACUUUCUGCUUUACAUGCGAUGCAGGUCCUAUCCCAUCGUGAUGGAUCAGCCGAACAUCUGCAAAGACCCACCGUUCCUCCUCCUAGCUAUUAAAUCUUUAGUCCCGCAUUUUGAUCGACGUCAGGCCAUCCGUGAGUCGUGGGGCAAAGCUGGCCUCCUCGCAAACAGAACAAUCAUUACAGUGUUUCUUCUUGGAAAUGCAGCCACGGAGGACCACUUUCCUGAUCUCUCAAAGAUGCUUCUCCAUGAGAGCUCCAUACAUGGAGAUAUCCUUCAAUGGGACUACAGGGACACCUUCUUCAACCUCACCAUCAAGGAAGUUCUUUUCCUGGAAUGGCUAAACACCCACUGUCCUGGAGUCAAUUACAUCUUCAAGGGCGAUGACGACGUUUUCGUUAACACUCUCCGUAUUAUAGACUUCCUUAGCAAUCUUUCUCAUGCUAAAGGCAAGGAACUGUUUGUAGGAGAUGUGAUUACUAAUGCAGGUCCACACCGGGACAAAAAGGUCAAGUAUUUUAUCCCUGAAAGCAUGUUUGUUGGAGCAUACCCUGCUUAUGCGGGUGGGGGUGGUUAUUUGUUCUCGGGACAGCUGGUCCAGAAACUUCAUAACGUCUCGAGGUUGGUGCCUCUCUACCCCAUUGAUGAUGUCUACACAGGUAUGUGCCUUAAGAAACUGGGCCUUGCUCCUGAGAAGCACAAAGGCUUCAGGACAUUUGAUAUCGAGGAGAAAUAUCGCGAUAAUGCCUGUGCCUAUAAAAGCCUGAUGCUGGUCCAUCCCAGAAGUCCUCAACAUAUGAUUAAAAUCUGGGCCUGGCUGAAUGACCCAGCCUUGAACUGUCAAUGAACUGCUGAUCCAGGGUUUUGGCUGCUGUAAAGGGAUGGUUCACAUAAAAAAAGCUAAUUCUGUCAUCAUUUACACACCCUCAUAUCAUGAUUGAAUAGACUGUGGUAUUUCUUUCAGUGGGAUCCAGGCUUUUUUGGUCACCAAUGACCUUCAUUAUUUGGGGCGUGUUUUGUGUUCUGCAGUUUGGAACCGCUUUAGAUUGAGCAGAUGAUGACAAAAUUGUAAUUUUUUUUUUUUUGGUGAACUAGCUCUUUAACUUUUUUAACGUUUUUCUAUUGUGAUUUUUUUUAUUUAGCCUCUUUACUUCAUUUCAUGUCAAAGGUCAGUGGCGACGAUGAGCUCUUUAGAUAGUCUAUAUAUAUUUCAAAUGUAGCUCAAAAUUGCUACCCACAUAGUAUUCAAAUGGCUUGAGUUUUUGUGUCAACAGCUCUGCUGAAAAUGUUACAAGUAUUUAUAGAGUGCUCGUGGUUGUGAGAUCAGCGGUGCUGAAGAUUGUGGGAAAUUCAGUUCAGCUGGUCUGAACAUUGGCACACCUGAUAAAUAUCUGCUGAUCAUUUUGAUUAAAUGUUGUUGUUUUUUUUUUUUUUUUUUUUAAAUAGGAGAAUUCUGUUGCAUUAUGAUAAAGUGAACAGACGUGUUUCAACACACUAUGCAGCCAUCACAAGCCUAACCUAUACUUGCUGCUCUAGCUUUCUGUAAUGUGUAGAAACAUAUUGCCCUUCUGUUUUGCACAUAGCCCAUGCUCCUUUAGAUUAAUGAGGAGUUGGCUCAUUUUUAGAGCCCUAUUUGUGGGGACAGCGGGUUUUGGAUACCAACUAAAUAUAGGUUGCUUACCCAAACCUCUACAUAUGUGCUUUGGACCUACCGGCUGUUUUCCUUCUAGAUUAUUUAUUCUUUUUCAGGGGCAGACAAUCAGUGGCAAGUCAUAAAGCUUUGUAUUAACAGAUUAGCCGAAACCGGGCCAUUGCGUCAAAGGAAGGUUUCAAAUUUCCAAAAUCAUUAACUCCUUUGCUGAAAAGCCAGAGGAUAUACUGUCUCCCCUCUCAGAUCUGAUUCUUGGGAUGUUUUUCAGAGCAAAUGAAAGGCUAUGGCUUUCAUUUUCUAUUUAAAAUCCAGGGAUCCCAAAAUUUACCUUCACUAAAUGAAUGAAACUUCACAGACCGUUUUCAGACCUAAAUGUAGCCUUUCGCUGUCAUUUAUUUUUUCCGUUUUAUAAAGAGGCCAGGAAACGGUCUCAGCUGGAUGACUUAAUUACUGAAUUUUACACAGUGGCCCCCAACUAUGUCACAGUGACCCCUGCUGGCCUUCAUGUUGUGUGUGUAUUUUUUUUUGUGAAAUAAACACUGGACCUUCUUUCAAAUUUGCCUUAAGCUUGAUUGAAUAUUUAAAUCAUGUUUGUGUAUAAUAUAUAUUUCUGUUUUUGUUUCAUUUAUGACUGUUCAUCAUCAACUGCGUCUCCUGUUAAAGACGGUUAGGCCUAGUAAUUAUCAUAGGGUGUGCUGAGUAUAUCCGUUCUAUAAAUAAAAAUGUUACUUUUCUUUGUGGCUCACUGGUUGCUUGCUGAAGAGCUAAAUCAAACUUGUCACGUAGUGUUUUUGUAGUGGCACAAUUUGUAGUGUUUAAUAUUAAGUUGUCCACCCAGCUAUGAGGAAUGAAGGCUAAGGAUGUGGGUUGUUGUUGUUUUUUUUUUUUUUUUUUUAUUAUUGUGUCUCUGCUAAUGGCAAGCCAAGCACACCGUUUAACAGCCUGAUGUAGUGUUUGGUGGGAGCAACACAGUGUUUACAUGAGUUCAUGAACAUUACAGAAAGCUUGUAUUUAUAAACUACAAUUUUAUCCAUGACAGAGGUAGAUUAUGCAAGUUUUUAUACACUGGUAUUUGCUGUACACUUGUGAGUUUUUCAUAACUGUGACGUUUAUGUAUUAGAAAUUCUUUUAAAAGUAAUUCAGUUCCACUUUUGUUACUGCCUUCAAAAUAAUUCUUUAUUCCCAUCAUAAGAUAUUUGAAUGUUAAUAUGAUGCCUUAAAUGUGGCUUUAGACGUGCUUGUAUUUAUGUCGAUGUGUAUAAUCAUGAAAAUCCAGUUCUAAAAAUGAAAUUAUUGCUUAUGAUGAAAUCAUGAGUUUGUAUUUUUGAAUUAUUACUCCAUUGUGUGUCUAUACAGAGUUUUGAAAACAUUAAUUUUGACUUUGCUCUAAAUUUUAAUAUUUUUUUUUUUGUGGAAAUCAAAUGACUUUUUCGGCAUGUUUUUUCACGCUGAAAAUUAUCUGGCAAUGCCUCUUACCAAAAAAACAUUGAACUACACAAACAUUUACCAAAAUGUGCCUGUUAAUUGUGAUCAUUGUCUUUUGUAAUUGAAUAUGCACACGCUUAUUUUGUCAUGUUUCUGACCGUCUUUUUUCAAGUUAAUUCUUGUAAUAAAUUGAAUAAACUGUCUUAUACCUCUA